CCAUGAGAUGGGGACGGAAUCAUGAAGCGACUCCCCAGACAGUUGGGUGGGGCAGCUCUAUCCACCAGCAUGGCUUCCAUCUUCUGGCAAGAAUCUCCAUCCUCUGGAGUAAAGGGGUCUUGGUGCAGCCAGCCUCAGAAGGCAGGCAUAGUGAGGGUGAGAAGUGCUCUGGCCUGCUCACUUUGGGGGAAGUCCUGCCUCAGACCUCUGUUUUCCCAUCUGGACAGUAAGCAUGCCAGGAUUCAUUCCUGACCUACUCCCAUUCCAUCCCCCUUGUCACUGCACCCUCACUACCUCUUGUCUGGGUGUCCUCGCCAGCUGGGCUCUUCUCGAGGGCAGCCAGGGGCCAUUUCUUCUCUGUGCCCCUCGGGCCCAGCAUCAGGGAAGGAUUGCUUAAUCUGUUCCACAGGUGGGAUCAUGUGGGAAGCUAAGAGGGGACAUCCCCUACUUUCUAGAACCUUAAAGAAAAGUUAGACUCCAAGACUUCAGGUUGAAGGAGACUCACCAGCCUUAGAUGCUGGAAGCUUUGUUAAAGAUCUGGUAAAGGGUGCUCAGUGCAGAGCCCCACAUUUGCACUGAAACGUAAAGGUUUCAGAGGAAACUAAGGUGCCAUCGUGAUGGGAAAGGGCAGGCCACCAGGAGCCAAGAGCAUCUUCAUAGCAAGGUUACAGGAGGAUGAGAGUCCAAGAAAGGGUGUCAGAGUCCAGAGGGCUGAGUGGCCUAUUGUAAGCCUGGGAGAUAGAUGGAAAUGGCACUAAGCAUGACUAGUCAUUAUAAAUGCAUUGGGAUAGAAAAAUAAUAAGGCCUCAUUGGUACAGCAGUAGGAGUGCUGGGCUUGAAGACAUAAAUCUCAGAGCAUCUGCUAGGUACUUAGAAUGUACCAGUGUUUGGCUAGUAAGCAUUUACAUAUUUUUCUCUCUCAUAUAAAGGGACCUGGGUUUGAAUCCUGGCAUGGCCCUUCACGUCUCAGCAUGGGGAGUGAAUCCUGGCAGUGUUCCUCAUCUGCACGAUAGGGACGGAUGGUGAUAUUAUCUGUGUCAAAAGAUGUAUGACCGUUAUGUAAACAAAUGUGUGUACAAGCAGGUAACAGAGCAUCCAGUCCAAGCACAUUUUCUUUCAUUCCUGAGAACAGUGGUUCUCUGGUCUUAACUGAACAUUUAGAAUCACCAAGGGUGCUUUUAGACAAAUACCAAUGCUGGGAUAUUAAAGACCAAUUACAACAAUCUCUGGAGGGUAGGACCCAUGCUUUGUUUUUUCAUUUUCUUUUUUAACUCCCUAGUUAACCUAAUAUGCUUUAGAUAGUGUGGUAAUUAUCAACCAUCCAUUUGUUCAUCAAGUAUUAAUUCGUUCCAACCUCUAGGACUGCAGGCUUGAUCUACAAUAAGGAGUUGAGAACUAUGCAUACAUAGAUGUUAGGGACUGAAUGCUUGUGUCCCCCCAAGCUCCUAUGUUGAAAUCCUCAUCUCCAGUGUGAUGGUAUGAGGAGGUAGGACCUUUGGGAGGUGAUUAGGCUAUGAGGGUUGAGCCCUCAUGAACAGCAUUAGUGCCUUUAUAAAAGAGACUCCAUAGAGCUCUCUUGCCCCUUCUCUUACAUGAGGACACCGCAAGAAGAUGGCCCUUCCCAGACACCAAAUCUGCCUACACCUUAAUCUUGGGCUUUCCAGCCUCCAGAACUGUGAGAGAUAAAUGCUUAAGCCAACUGGUCUAUGGUAUUCUUUUAUACCAGCCCCAACAGACUAAGACCCCAGAUAGGGUUGGAUAAUUUCUCACUUUUCUCCCUGCCCAGGACUACUUUCCAGCAGCCUAGCCUCCUGCCAUGUCAGACCCCAUCACACUGAACGUCGGGGGGAAGCUCUACACGACCUCACUGGCAACCUUGACCAGCUUCCCUGACUCCAUGCUGGGCGCCAUGUUCAGUGGGAAGAUGCCCACCAAGAGGGACAGCCAGGGUAACUGCUUCAUCGACCGUGAUGGCAAAGUGUUCCGCUACAUCCUCAACUUCCUGCGGACCUCCCACUUGGACUUGCCGGAGGACUUCCAGGAGAUGGGCCUGCUCCGAAGGGAGGCUGACUUCUACCAGGUGCAGCCCCUGAUUGAGGCACUGCAGGAGAAGGAGGUGGAGCUCUCCAAGGCCGAGAAGAAUGCCAUGCUCAACAUCACCCUGAACCAGCGUGUGCAGACAGUCCACUUCACCGUGCGGGAGGCACCUCAGAUCUACAGCCUCUCCUCCUCCAGCAUGGAGGUCUUCAACGCCAACAUCUUCAGUACCUCUUGCCUCUUCCUCAAGCUCCUGGGCUCCAAGCUCUUCUACUGCUCCAAUGGCAAUCUCUCCUCCAUCACCAGCCACCUGCAGGACCCCAACCACCUGACUCUGGACUGGGUGGCCAAUGUGGAGGGCCUGCCAGAGGAGGAGUACACCAAGCAGAACCUCAAGAGGCUCUGGGUGGUGCCAGCCAACAAGCAGAUCAACAGCUUCCAGGUCUUUGUGGAAGAGGUGCUGAAAAUCGCUCUGAGUGAUGGCUUCUGCAUCGAUUCUUCUCACCCACACGCCGUGGAUUUUAUGAACAAUAAGAUUAUUCGAUUAAUACGGUACAGGUAAAAGGACCCCAGCAGCACUGGAGGGGGGUGCUCCCAAGAAGCUCCAUGUCAGCCAAGAUCUUGGAGAGUGCCUCGCCAGUGGUGGGAGGCAGGGCGCUACACUAAUCUGUAUUAAUCACGUAGCAGGACUUGAUUCCCCCCACAAUGCAGUCUCCCUAUAGGAAUCCAUGUGUCCUCUCAGCGGAGCCACCUUUUUCCUUGCCACUUUGAGCUAGAGAUGGGCUGUUUGUCGCUGUUUGUCAUGACAAGCGAAGUGUCUGCCAGUGUGUCCGAAAGGCCACAGGAGGGCUUGCUGGCUACAGAGGAAUGGUGGGUUCUUCACAGGCACCAGCUCUCUCUGUACCACUAGGCAGUGCCUCCCUGAGCCCUCUGAGAAAGGACGCCCCCUUCAGUUCCCCAGGACGUAAAGUCACCAGAAGAGUCCCACCUCACCUGCUCCUCUGUCCCGAGGAUGUGCCCGGAACCUUGGACUUGUUCGCCCAGGGGCAGCCAUGUUUGGCCGGCUUGGAAGUGCAGUAGGAGCUGCGUUUUUGGCCCCCACUGUGGCGGGGAGAGAUUUGAGCUGUGGCAUGGCCUAGACGGGUGAGUGUCCAGGCAGGGUUCAGAAGAUGGCGAUAUCCCUCUUGACUGGGUAGACAUUUGGGGAUUUCUCAUUUCAGAAAUGAGCUGCUGUCCCUGUGAAGAUUUUGAAGUAUCUGGAGCCAGUGCAAUGAAAGGCAUUUCAUAAUGUGGACUGCUAUGUGACUUUUGUAUUCCUUUCCCACAAGAAUUUGAAGUAUCAUCGAAACAGGUCAUUUUAAAAAAAUAAUAUUAUGGACUCUCAGGGUUGGAAAAUAAUCCAAUGGUCGCUUCGUCCUCCCCGGCCUGCAGCACAACCCAGCCCAUUUGGGGCUGAGUGCCUCUCCCUAGCACCUUCCAGUGAUCACAUAUCCCUGCUUGCAUACUUCCAGCAACAGGAAGUUCGUCAUGCCCGGGGCAGUCCCUGCCAUGGUUGGCCAGUGCUGGCUGUUAAAAAGUCCUUCCUUACAUAGAAACCAAAAUCUAUCCUUUGACUCCCAUUUUCUAGUCUUGGUUCUAGACCCUCCUUCGCACCCAAAUGUGUAUUUUCUCUUUCGAAAUAGUCACCCUUAUUAAGAAGCCAGACACUUAUCCUAACAAUAUUUUACUUGGCAUUAGGAUUCCCCCUGGGAUUUGUCUUCAGAACCAAGGUCAGCCCCCGGCCAUCCCUUGUAAGUCAGCCCCAUUUUGUGAUAGUUUUGUUUGUCACCCCCAUUCCACCCGCCUUCUCACCAGCCGUGGCUCCGCGUAACUUUUGACCACCUCCUGUUGGAGGAUGCAGAUUUACCACCCCAAAAAAGUGUUGCCAGAGGAAGGAGACCAGGGGCUCGCAGGGCAGUGUGUAGCAAGGAGCCCAGGAGUGGGCUGAACCAUAGCCCUGCUCUUGGAGGAAGUGUCCAGCCCCUUCAACACUGCUCUGUAAGAAGUGACCUUCCCCUGUGGUCCUGUUUCUGGUCAUAACCAGCCCGUGGACCUUGUUGGGGGAAGGUCUAGGGCAAGACACACCAAGCCCCACUCCCCAGGAGGUGAUGAAUAGUGCAGGCCUCAAAACUGCCCAUUAUGAUUCAUCCCUGGAGUGUGGCCUUAGAAGUCCCACAAUCUUCCCCAUUGGGCAGGGGCCCUCAGACAAAACCAGGGAAGCCUAGUGACACAGUCCCCCACAGGAGAUGGGCUGAGGAAGGGGCUUCCCGUAGUUAGAGCCUGGGAGUAGGGAGCCGGUAUGCUGGGCCAUGGGCAAGGCCACCUCUGCUAGGGAAUAAAGGCCUUUUCCCCCUACAGUGGGACCCAGGAGUCUCUGACAACUGUCCCAGGCCACCAGGCCAAUGGUACUCGAGAAGGUCACUCAGGAGAACCUGGGUCAGAACAGACAGCAGAAGCUGUGACCACAACAAAACAGUUUAAGGAAGAAAUCUUGUAAAUCACCGCUUGCCCUUUCUUCCUCCAUAAAAAGUCCCUCUCUCCAUCUUUUCGGUGCUUCUUAAUUCACGCAGCUUGACGUUAGAGAAAGUAAAGGAUCUGUGAAGCCACUAAUGUGCUGUGUGACUUUGUGCAAGUCACUCACCUCACUGAGCCACCUCCAUUUCUUCGUCUGUGAAAUGGGCAUAACAGUAAUACAUAACCCUACCUACCUCACAGGGCUGUUGUGAGGAUCGAAUGAAAUAAUGUAUGUGAGAAUACAUUCUACAUGAUAAAUGGU